GUGCUGCCCCUCGCCCGGCGUCGGGGCUGGGUGAGGCCCGAGAGAGCAAAGCCUGAGCCCCCCCUGCCUUUUCCGCUUCCCAGUCCUGUCUCUGCCCCAUUCGCCCGCCUCCGCCGACUCCCAGCUCCUCGCCCGGAGGAAGGGUGCGUGUAGCGUGCAUCUCCCAUCCACCGAAAUCUAUGAUCAGCUCGGUGUGUGUCUCCUCCUACCGUGGACGCAAGUCUGGGAACAAACCACCCUCCAAAACAUGCCUGAAGGAAGAGAUGGGCAAAGGGGAAGACUCGGACAAGAUCACCAUCAAUGUAGGGGGCACCCGGCAUGAGACCUACAAAAGCACCCUACGGACUUUGCCGGGUACCCGCCUGGCCUGGCUCGCCGACCCCGAUGCCCAGAGCAACUUUGACUUUGAUGGGAAGAGCAAUGAGUUCUUCUUCGAUCGCCACCCCGGGAUCUUCUCCUACGUGCUCAACUACUACCGCACGGGCAAGCUGCACUGCCCUGCAGACAUCUGCGGGCCCCUCUUCGAGGAGGAGCUGACCUACUGGGGCAUCGACGAGACGGACGUGGAGCCCUGCUGCUGGAUGACCUACCGCCAACACCGCGAUGCUGAAGAGGCCCUGGACAUCUUUGAGAGUCCUGAGCCUGGCGGAGGGGCUGGUGGAGAGGAGCCCGAAGAGGAAGGGGGUAGGGAGAUGGCUCUGCAACGCCUGGGCAUGGAUGAUAGGCCACCGGGGGCUGCCGGGGCUGCUGGAGGGGGUGGAUGCUGUCGGAAUUGGCAGCCCAAGAUGUGGGCGCUCUUUGAGGAUCCCUAUUCAUCCAAGGCAGCAAGGGUAGUUGCUUUUGCCUCGCUAUUUUUCAUCCUGGUCUCCAUCACGACCUUCUGCCUGGAGACGCACGAGGCCUUCAACAUUGAUGUCAAUGUGACGGAGACCCUCGUGGUUGGCAACACCACAACGAUCCUGCUGACGCACAAAGUGGAGACGGAGCCCAUCCUUACCUACAUCGAAGGUGUCUGCGUCCUGUGGUUCACCCUCGAGUUCCUGGUUCGCAUUAUCUGCUGUCCAGAUAAGCUUCUGUUCAUCAAAAACCUCCUCAACAUCAUUGACUUUGUGGCCAUCUUGCCCUUCUACCUGGAGGUAGGUCUUAGCGGCCUGUCCUCCAAAGCUGCCCGGGACGUGCUGGGCUUCCUGCGGGUGGUCCGUUUCGUCCGGAUCCUCCGGAUCUUCAAGCUGACACGGCACUUUGUGGGCCUUCGGGUGCUGGGCCACACGCUCCGGGCCAGCACCAAUGAAUUCCUGCUCCUCAUCAUCUUCCUGGCCUUGGGGGUCUUGAUUUUUGCCACCAUGAUCUACUACGCCGAGCGGAUCGGAGCCAAGACGUCUGACCCACGUGGGAGUGACCACACUCACUUUAAGAACAUCCCCAUAGGGUUCUGGUGGGCCGUGGUCACGAUGACGACCCUGGGCUACGGCGACAUGUACCCCAAGACCUGGUCAGGCAUGGUGGUGGGGGCUCUCUGUGCAUUGGCCGGGGUGCUCACCAUUGCCAUGCCUGUGCCUGUCAUUGUCAAUAACUUUGGGAUGUAUUAUUCACUGGCCAUGGCCAAGCAGAAGCUGCCAAAGAAGAAGAAAAAGCAUAUACCCCGUCCGGCCCCGCUGGACUCCCCCACCUACUGCAAAUCUGAGGAAAACUCUCCUCACAACAGCACUCAGAGCGACACUUGUCCCCUGGCAGUAGAGGAGGGGGCGGCUGAGCGGAAACGGUCAGACUCUAAGCAGAAUGGUGAAGCCAACGUGGUGCUGUCAGAUGAGGAACAGCCGCUGUCGCCGUCUGACGAGGAGAAACGGCCUAUGCGGCGCUCCAGCACGAGAGAUAAGAACAAGAAAUCUUCCACGUGCUUCCUGCUGGCCACAGGUGACUUCUCCUGCACAGCAGAUGGAGGCAUCCAGAAAGGCUAUGGAAAAUCCCGGAGCCUAAGCAGCAUAGAUGGUGUGGCAGGAUCCACGGUGGCCUUGGCCCCCCUCGUGUCGCGCUACAGCUCUCCCUGUCCGCUGAGGCGCCCCUGUUCUCCCGUCCCCUCCAUCCUCUAAACGCCGUCCGGAUGCUGCUUUGUUGUGUCGGCUGCGCGCUCCCCGCUCCACUGUGUCGCUCUGUCCCCCCCGUGACACCGUGUCUCCGCGCUGCCCCUUGGUGUUUGGCUAGAGGUUCGCCGGGAGAGGAGACCCGAGCCGGGACGUCUCCGUCGUCGAGAAGCGGGCUCGGACCUUCUCCAGCCGAGCGCUGCCUCCGUGCUGCCCCCUGCCCAGUUUGCAGGCGACCUGUAACAUCUCCGUAGAGCAAUCGUGUCUUCUCAUAUCCAUGUUUGGGACAGUCCCUGGGGGUAUGUUUUCUGCUUGAUGGUUUUUUUUUUUUCCCCCCUCCUUGAAACCUUAUUCGCCCCCAAUAAAAUGGGGCAAGGGCAUGCAAUCCCCCUUGGUGUUGAACCCUCCUUCCCGUGGGCCACUUGCACUUGGGCAAAGGGUGGAGGAAACAUAAAGAAGGACGCGUUGGCUGAUGAAAUGAAACCUUGUCUGAAAUGGCUGAGUUCGUAUCCUUUUAGGUUUUUUUUUUUCUUGAACAGCCUCACCUUUCUGGAGGCAGCUGACGAAUAAAUCUCUAUUCCUUGUCCAGCA